AUGGAGAGUUUACUUGUCAAAGAGAGUCCACUGUUGUUACCACUCAACAAGGAGAAAACUGUCUAUGAUGGAUUUAUCACGGUUCAGGUGGGACAAAUAUUUAUGGUUUCGCUAGGUACUUGCGCUACAGUCAAGCCAAGAUAUAAUGUUGUAUCUUUGACAUCAAUUGUAGUGUUGUUGGCUGUGUAGUAGUAGUAGUAGUCGCGCGCAUGUGUCGAUUCUUGGACAGUCAACUGUUUAUGUAGAAGUUGCCAGAAGAACAAACCACUUUCUUGACAGAUCUCAUGGUAAUAUGUAUGGUUUGAACAUGAUCAGAUGGCCUACUUUAUCUACUUUUGUUGCUAUUUUAUUUUAGGAGAGAGACUUCAGAAUAAGAAUACUGCUUCCACCAGAUCAUCAACUUAAACUGGCUAAGUACAAGUCCCCUGUAUUCUAUUUGUGUGUGUGUGUGUGUGUGUGUGUGUGUGUGUGUGUGUGUGUGUGUGUGUGUGUGUGUGUGUGUGUCAGAGAAAGACAGACACAAGGAAUUGUCUGUCAAUCUGUCUCUCUGUUUGUCCAUCUGUUUCUUGCUUUCUCUCUCUACAUGCACAGAGACAGACUUACGCAGAGGAAUGGUGGUGUCAAACUUAAUGAUACAUGUUGCUUGCCCUCUUAGAUACCCUGAAUGAAUUAUAUAUCACUCUAGUCCCCUGGAUCAAAUGGAAUCAAUGAUUUAUUACAUAUCAUUCUGCAUUGCAGGCUUCACUGCUGCUGGCAGCUGAAACAGCUAUUGUGUGCAUAUGGGCACAUAGUAAAACAGGUAAGAAAAAAAAUGGGGCAAUCCACACCAACACUUUAAUAACUCUAAUCAAUUGAGAGGCCAAAUAAUUUCAGAUGAAGAUGUUGUCAAGGAUAGGUAGACUGGACUGCUUAGUGGACUGUAUGUUCACUUAUGCAUUCCAUCACUUGCUGUGUUUGACUCGCUUGUUUAAAAAAAUAUUUUCCACUGCAUAAUUAACAUUGCCUUGGAAAUGUCCCUAUUUGUUAUGUGGUCACCUCUGGGUUAUUGGGAUUAGAUUUAUAUUUUACCCCAGGCUGUAAAGUUCAUUAUUUUCACAGGCUUUAAGCUAUCAUUAAUUAUUAAACCUAGUGGCAGGCUCCAUUAAUCAAAACAUUGGCCUUGAUUUGAACAGCUACUAAGUUGGUUUGAAAGAAGACACUACAGUAACACUUCAUUUUCCAGCUAAUCAGAGAUCUCUCUCAUUGUUUUGUCUUUUCACAGAGAUUACAUCACUCUCCUGAUCUAGUCAGCUUUGUUCUGGAGCUGAAGACUAUCCUGGUAAGAGCAUCAGUUUUUACCUCUCAGAUUGAUAUUGACAUAUUCCUUGAUGCCAUAAUAAUACAUACAGUAAAAUAAUACUGUACUAAAAUGCUGGCGAUUGAAUGUAAACAGAAAGUGUUCUGUGUUCCAGGAAGUGGCCCUCAAGAGCAGGCCGGAUUGUCGCUCCAUCCCCCCUCCACAGUACUACUCUCAGCUGAUCAUUGAGAUGGAGGACCUGGGAUGGGAUAAGUAUGUACUGGAGCAAGUAGGGAUAGGGCCAGGAGCUUUACCACUUGACCUGACUUGGAAAAACUCUGGUCAUAGAGUAUAACCUACAACUAUGACCUGCAGUAUUUCCUGUUGAGUUCUAUUAUACCAGCCAGUGACUAACUAUUACCCUGUAGCUACCCUACCAUCAGGCUAACCCCAUAAAAUAAAGGCUUAGGACAAUAUUAUACCACAUUAAUAACUGACUGAUAAUUACAUCCUUAUUUUUUGUUAUUGAGUUAUAGUUAAAGCCAGAUCCCAUUUAAUGACACUGCCUAGCUAUGUGUCAGCCAGGGCCAAUACCAUCUUCUCUUUGUGACUAGUGAUGCAUCUCAGCUACCAUUUAGCUCGGCUACUCAUUUUCCACUUUCCCUAUUAAUGACCACAGCUGCAAUUAUGAUAUUAGCAAAUGCAAAUUGGUCUAAUUGAAGACCCUACUCUUAGGUUUAAUGGGGGGGAUGUUGAAGUUAUGUGGAAAUGAGGUGAACGUCAUUUCAAUGCUGUAUUACCUUUAGAGGCAUUACGCAGCAGGCCUAUCUCAAUGCACUCGAGAUUCGUUUAGCGUCUUAAUUGGCAGUGGCAUUAAUAGCCUGGGAUUUUCACUUGUUCACUCAUUUUGUCCGCUGAUUGGUGCAGGUAAGAGAGGCUUGCGUUGAGCCUGGUCAUUUGAAUGGGCUUGAGACUGCCUUGAGAAGUCAUGAGUUAGUGAAUGAGAAUACAGAGUCAAGUAUCUCCACUCCAGCCCCCUCUAUGGCCAAAACACAUUCUUUGUUGGGCAUCAUUAAAUAGACACAACUUUAUUCCAUAUUCACCACUCUUUGGGGCAUAUCAACUUUUUUUUUUGUCUGUGUCUGUUUGAAGUAAGAGGUGUGUGAAUGUGUUGUUGCGUUCACCUUUGUGUAUUGCUCUUCAAUCUGCCUUUAGGUUUCCCUAAAACCGUAUACCACGUGUCAAUCUCAUUCCACGGAGGGCCGAGUGUCUGCGGGUUUUCGCUGCUCCCUUGUUCUUGAUUGAUGAAUUAAGGUCGCUAAUUAGUAAAGAACUCCCCUCACCUGGUUGUAUAGGUCUUAAUUGAAAGGGAAAAAAUCUAAAACCCACAGACACUAGGCCCUCCAUGGAAGGAGUUUGACACCCCAGCCGUAUACUUUGCCUUUACCCCAAAUGGCCAUUCAUCCAUUGUAAUCGAUAUAGGUGUCACAUCUUCCUAACUUGGAGUAGUCUGCUAUGGCUUCAUUCAAUCUCCAGCCUCCCUCCAGGAUAGCUACACCAGAGACGUGUCCUAUACCUCCAUAGUCUAUCCAAACAUAAAGUUGCCUACUUACUGGUGAAAUAGCCUGCAAGUGGACUUACAGUGCCUUCGGAAAGUAUUCAGACCGCUAGAUUUUUUUCCACGUUUUGUUACGUUACAGCCUUACUCUAAAAUGGAUUAAAUAAAACUUGAUUGGAGUCCACCUGUGGUAAAUUCAAUUGAUUGGACAUGAUUUGGAGAGUCACACACCUGUCUAUAUAAGGUCCCACAGUUGACAGUGCAUGUCAGAGCAAAAACCAAGCCAUGAGGUCGAAGGCAUUGUCCGUAGAGCUCCGAGACAGGAUUGUGUCGAGGCACAGAUCUGGGGAAGGGUACCAAAAAAAUUCUGCAGCACUGAAUGUCCCCAAGAACACAGUGGCCACCAUCAUUCUUAAAUGGAAGAAGUUUGGAACCACCAAGACUCUUCCUAGAGCUGGCCGCCCGGCCAAACUGAGCAAUCAGCGAAGGGCCUUGGUCAGGGAGGUGACAAAGAACCUGAUAGUCACUCUGACAGACCUCUAGAGUUCCUCUGUGGAGAUGGGAGAACCUUCCAGAAGGACAACCAUCUCUGCAUCACUCCAGCAAUCAGGCCUUUAUGGUAGAGUGGCCAGACGGAAGCCACUCCUCAGUAAAAGGCACAUGACAGCCCGCUUGGAGUUUGCCAAAAGGGACCUAAAGACUGUCAGACCAUGAGAAACAAGAUUCUCUGGUCUGAUGAAACCAAGAUUGAACUCUUUGGCCUGAAUGCCAAGCGUCACGACUGGAAGAAACCUGGCAUCAUCCCUACGGUGAAGCAUGGUGGUGGCAGCAUCAUGCUGUGUGGAUGUUUUUCAGCGGCAGGGACUGGGAGACUAGUCAGGAUUGAGGCAAAGAUGAACAGAGCAAAGUACAGAGAGAUCCUUGAUGAAAACCUGCUCCAGAGCGCUCAGGACCUCAGACUGGGUCGAAGGUUCACCUUCCAACAGGACAACGACCCUCAGCACACAGCCAAGACAACGCAGGAGUGGCUUCGGGACAAGUCUCUGAAUGUCCUUGAGUGGCACAGCCAGAGCCCGGACUUGAACCCGAUCGAACAUUUCUGGAGAGACCUGAAAAUAGCUGUGCAGCUACGCUCCCCAUCCAACCUGACAGAGCUUGAGAGGAUCUGCAGCGAAGAAUGAGAAACUCCCCAAAUACAGGUGUACCAAGCUUGUAGCAUCACACCCAAGAAGACUCAAUGCUGUAAUCGCUGCCAAAGGUGCUUCAACAAAAUACUGAGUAAAGGGUCUGAAUACUUAUGUAAAUGUAAUAUUUCAAUUUUAUUUAAAAUUAUAAAUUAGCAAAAAUGUAUACAAACCUGUUUUUGCUUCGUCAUUAUGGGGUAUUGUGUGUAGAUUUAAUGAGGGGAAAAAACAAUUUAAUCAAUUUUAGAAAUAGACUGUAACGUAACAAUGUGAAAAAAGUGAAGGGGUCUGAAUAGGCACUGUAAUUGUGAGAGUAGAAUUUUACAUGACUCUCUGGCUUUCUACACAGAUCUCAUACUUUUCAUACCGAUAGCUGGAGCACCACAGUUCUCAUCAUUACUUUAACAAAUUACUAUUUCACCACUGUGUACAGCUAGCUCAAUCCAUAUACUGCUCACUCAGACACACGUAUCAUCUGUUCCUGUUUUCUAAGCAGCUCUGUUCCUGUAGUUGCAAUUGUACUGCUAUCAUCAGUCUUCACAGUGGGGCAUCACACUGUCACGCUGUGUCCAUCACGCCAAGUGCCAGCCAGCCCCUGCUAUUGUGGGGCCGGAGGCCCCGCGUGAAUGCAGAGUAGAGGAGAUAGGACUGUGAUGCAAGAAUGGAGCUGUGAUACUGAUAUGCAGAUAUUUAUUUGGAUAGAUUGUCACUGCAAUGAAAUGGAAUGAGGGAAGGGGGAAAAGAGGGAGAUGAAUUGAGUGAGUGAAAAAUGUGUGUGUAUGUUACUAGAUUAAAGGAGAGUGGGGUGCUGUGUUGGAUCCCGGUGUGUGUGUUUGAGAAUGUUGGCACUCAUUUCUGUGUUUGUUUUUGUCAGUUUUACGAUCAUCCUAGUUGCGUCCGUCAGAUCGCUGCCCUGCUCCAUGCCUUCAGAAGUUGCAGUGAACACACUGACCACCACUCCCCCCUGACACAUCACAUAAAUCCCCAGCAGAAAUAUGACCAUGUCAGCCACAGCAGAGUGCCGUUACUGCACUGGAAAACUAGGAGGAAGUUGCCCCCCGAGUCUAGAAACUGAUCUAGGGUCAGUUUGACAUUUCCUCCGCUAAUGGUUAACGUUAGAAUUUGGGAAAGGUAAGCUGGUCCUAGAGCUGUACCUACGGGGGAUUUCUACCUGGUGCUGUAAAUCAGGGGAGGUCUGAGGCAGAACAGGGACUGUGCUAAUGUAGACGUCUUACUGCCUCUCUGUGGGUAUGAUUAAUGGGCUAUGAUGGGAGCAACCUGCUUUCCCUCUUCUAAACACCUCUGACUCUGUCUGUGUGUGAGGAUGCAUCACCUCUUUAUGCAGUAUGUGUCUGACCAGACUGACCAAUGUCUGUGUUCCCAGGCUGGUGUCCAUUGACACAGAGUUCCGCACACUGAGACUGAGGGCUGAGGACUCCUCAGGACGACAGCACGUCGUCACCGUCAAAUUGAAGCCCAAGGUAAGAGAACACGCACACACUAUGCAGGCUAAUAUUCACACACAUGUACACUUACACCUAACUAACUAAAGCCUGAAGUGAGAACACAUACAUUGUAACAGUCAAUGAAAAAAACCCAAGUCAUACUCUUAUACAGUACGUUCAAAUAUCCAUCUUGUGUUAAAAGACAGUACUUCUCUGAGCAGUCCCAUAUCUAGGGCAAACAUAGUUUGGUGAAGUCUGUGUGAGAGGUUCCAACAUGCUGUGAGAUGGGAGUGUAGAGAUAUCCACUUUAGAUACACAGUUGCAUGAAUCAACCCUCCAGAACCGGAGGAGAGGAGUGAGAUAAGACCAUGUGGGCAUAACUAGUAGAAAUGCAUCUCAUUGGUCCUCUUAAAAUUAUUAAGAAGGGCAUGGAGGAGGUAGAACAUCUAGAUCAGUUUGAGCACAGACCGUGCCUACAUCUUGGUUGUCGAUAGCCGGCAUAUCACUCUUUCCAUGCCUUCCUGCCCCCACUUAUCUCUGGGUGUAGCAGGGUGGCAGUGCUGGGUUAGGGAGUGCUGAGCAGGGUGGCCACAUGGCAGGUUGGUGGUAGCUGGCCCAGAUGAUAUCCAGAGGAGGUGGUUGGUUUCACCCUGUGCACACCUGCCUGUGUGCCCACCUGUCUGCCCCCAUCGCUGGGUAAAAAUAGCCUGGAUUCCCCCUGUGACCCAGCUGCCUCGCCCGCCCCUCUCCCCUACCCAGGUCACCACACACAGACACAGUCAGAGGGUGGAAGGUAGGGGUUGGCAUGCAGAGAUAGGGGGGCAGGGAAAGAGUGAUAUGGGGAGAGAAAUUAAGAAAGAGAUGUUAAGGAAAGGGUGUGGGUUAACUUUAAUGACUUGAGAUGUGAAAUAAACAGAAAAUGGCAAAAACUACUUUACCAGUAGGCAAUAGCCUAUUUAGUGUACAAUAAGUAUUGGUAAAAGUCAAGUACCCAGGGACAUUCAUAUGUAUGUUGGCCAACUCUAGGGUGUAAAGGCAAGUUUCCCUCCUAUUCACAGCACCCUGUAGAGGCCCCAGAGUGCUCCGCAGACCUACCUGUUCCACUGGCCAUGACCUGGACACCACAGGUACUGUACACACAAACACAACAAACUGCUUCAGUCCAACUGUCUCACAUUCAUACAUGGGGCUGGGAAUUUCCAGGGACCUCCGGCAUAUAAUAAUGGCGCCGGAGGGGAUGGCUGCCGUUUUUAUGGGCUCUUAACCAACCAUGCUAUUUUGUUAGUUUUUUCGCAUUGUUUGUAACUUAUUUUGUACAUAAUGUUACUGCUACUGUCUCUUAUGAAUGAAAAGAGCUUCUGGACAUCAGAACAGCAAUUACUCACCUUGAACUGGACUAAUCAUUUUUCUUAAAUGAGUCAGACGAGAGGGAUUUGCUCCAGACACCCGACAGGGCCCUCAUCCCCGUCAUUCGCAAGAGAAAGAGACGGAGAUAUCGCGGAAGGAGAUCGGGGUGCCUGGCAAGGAGCCGGCGACCAGUGGCUAAUCUGCCUUUGCCAUCGGUACUAUUGGCCAAUGUACAAUCGCUGGAAAAUAAAGUGGAUGAACUACAAGCACGUAUAUCCUACCAACUGGACAUUAAAAACUAAUAUCUUAUGUUUCACUGAGUCGUGGCUGAACGACGACAUGAAUAACAUACAGCUGGCAGGUUAUACACUGUAUCGGCAGGAUAGAACAUUGUUCUAGCAUUGUUGGUUAAGGGCUUGUAAGUAAGCAUUUCACUGUAAGGUCUACACCUGUUGUAUUCGGCGCAUGUGACAAAUAAGUUGAUUUGAUACGAUAUUAUCACGAUACUUAAGUGCCGAUUCUAUAUGUAUUGUGAUUCGGUACUGGGAUUUUAUUGCGAUUUGAUAUUCCAAACAUAUUGCUCACUAUGUCUGCUGCAGAGAGACAAGAGAGCCAUGAGAAAACAAGUGUUGAUCAGAAUAAAAGUGCUGAAAACAUUUUGGCUCACUGUUUAAAAAGAAGAUUGAGAACAAGCUAUAGGAUGAAAAAUACCGGAGUUUUAGCACAAGUACAGCCGACUAGCACUAGCUGACGCAACCUAACAACAAACACAUAGUCAAAAAUAAUAUUGCGAUAUGUAACUAUUGAUUUUUUUAAAUUAAUUUUUUCUUCACUACUUAUAUACACUAACAAACACUUUGUCGCUAUUCACACACUUGCUGUAUUUCUCAGUACAACCUUUAAAGGAUUCCCUUUUAACUCCUAUUUUAUCACAGUCGGUAAUAUUGAGCCUUAGAUACUGACAGCUGUUCUCUUUCUAUGUGCUGGGUGUGUCUCUCUACGUGUGUGUGUGUGUGUGUGUGUGGUACAUGGCAGCCUUACAGAGAAGACGAGCUAAGUACAGGGCUGCCGUAUGGAGCCUGUCUGCCUGCUGGGCAGCUGAUGGAUCUCUCCUGUGCUGCCAGAGGACUGUGUGUGUGUGUGUGUUGUGGGGGAAGGGCUUGUCUGUCGGCUGUCCUGACAUGUUCAUUUGAAUGAGUAAUUAUUGCCUGCUCUGUUGCAGGGCCAAGAUGUGCCACACUGUGUUUGUGUGAAAGAAUGAGAGGGACAGAGAGACACUGUAGUUUGUGUGCACAUUAGAGAGGAAGAACAAGACAAUGCGUAAUAUAUUCUCAGUUUAUUAGGUACACCCAUUCCCGUUCGAAUAGUUCACUCCUACAGACAGUGAGUCACGUGGCCGUGGCUUGCUAUUUAAAGCAGGCAGACGGGCAUCGAGGCAUUCAGUUACUGUUCGAUUGAACGUUAGAAUGGGCAAAACGAGUGACUUUGUGCGUGGUAUGAUCGUCGGUGCCAGGCGUGCCGGUUCCAGUAUCUCAGAAACGGACGGCCUCCUGGGCUUUUCACUCAUGAUAGUGUCUAGGGUUUACAGAGAAUGGUGCGACAUACAAAAAAACAUCCAGUCAGUGGCAGUACUGUGGGCGAAAACAGCUCUUUGAUGAGAGGCCGAAGGACAAUGGCAAGAAUCGUGCAAGCUAACAGGCGGGCCACAAACGGGCAAAUAACGGCGCAGUACAACAGUGGUGUGCAGAAUGGCAUCUCGGAACGAACAACUCGUCGGUCCUUGUCACGGAUGGGCUAUUGCAGCAGACGACCACACCGGGCUCCAGGGGGCACGCGAGCACCAACACUGGACAUUUGAGGAUUGGAAAAACAUCGCCUUGUCCGACGAAUCCCGGUUCCUGUUGCGUCAUGCUGAUGGCAGUCAGGAAUUGGCGUAAGCAGCAUGAGUACAUGGCCCCAUCCUGCCUGGUGUCAACAGUACAGUUUGGUGGCAGUGGUGUAAUGGUGUGGGCAAUGUUUUCCUGGGACACGUUAGGUCCCUUGAUACCAAUUGAGCGACGUAUUCCUGACCCGAAGAAUUCAGGCUGUUGUGGAGGCAAAGGGGGUCCGACCCGGCACUAGAUGGGUGUACCUAAUAAACAUGCAGUAGUACAUACCUGUUUUGUGUCUUUUAAAAGCAGUGUGUGGUGAUUGAUGUCUGUAUGAGAUUGUGGCUGGGCAGGACCAUUGGUGGGCACCAGACCCACCACUGCAGGUGUGGCACAGCAUGAACAACCUCUGCCAGCAGUCUGUGUGUUUGUGAGUCCGUGCGUGUACACCCGUAUGUACCGGACCUACAGUAAUAAAUGAUUAGAGCACGGGGUUAGAAUCCUAUCUGUCAUCAGCCAGGAGAAGAGAGCCCAGGCAGAUGUAUCACAGUUCCCUCAAUGUCUACACAAGUCACCAUUAUAAAGUCUUUAGGUGUAUCCAUUCAUACGCCGUUACUCCAUUUGAACCCCGCUAGAUGAUUGCUUUUAUUAGCAGUGUUUAAGUAUGUACAGUUAGACUCCCAUUUCCUCAGGAGUUAAGCAUGUAGUGAGGAUAGAUCUGUUUUUACUCAGUGCUAGAUGAAGAGGCCUAAUUGAGGCACUCAAGGAGCACUGAGCGGAUCUUAGCUUUCCACAGACACACACUCUUACAUCCUGCCACUCAAAUCCAGCAGGAAUUCAAUUACCAAGCCCCCUUUUACUGGGUCCACUGUAUUUCUAUGGAGCCAUAACCAUAAUCACGCCACUGGCAUUAAUUGGCCAGUAAUUGCGGAGUCUCUGCACCUGUGCGAUGCUAAAUUGUGUGCACUGUGCUGGCACAAUGACCCAUAAUUUUUGGUUCAUUUCGCUCUUCUUUUUUUUUCUCUCUCACUUAUGUCGGAUUUCCCUUUGGUGUGUUGUGGUGGUGCGGGACAGAGCUAGUCUAAUAAAAUUAUUUUUUUGAAGGGAAUUUGAUUUGUUGAGCCUGUGCCUGCAUUAAACGCUAAAUAAAGAGUAGAAUAUAUAAUGUGAUACUAUCUCAUGGUAGUCUAUAAUCCGGUAUUUCAUCUUCACCUCACUAAUCUAGGCAAAAAUAUUUCCCUAACCGUUAGAUGGCUUAGUUGGUUUAAGUUAUAAUUGUGGUAGUUUUAAUACAGAGAACAUUAUAAAGGCUACAUGGUCUCUCCAAGGUCAGACCUAUAGAUGCCAAUUUUUCUGCAAAUCAUUACCAUUUAAUUUACAUAGGCAUAAUGAUACAGUGCCUUCAGAAAGUAUUCACAUCCCUUUACUUUUUCCACAUUUUGUGUUACAGCAUGAAUUUAAGAUUGAUUAAACUGAGAUGUUUGUCACUGGCCUACACACAAUAUCAAAGUGGAAUUUUGUUUUUUUUUAAUUUUUACAAAUUAAUUAAAGAUGAAAUGUCUUGAGUCAGUGAGUAUUCAACCCCUUUGUUAUGGCAAGCCUAAAUAAGUUCAGGACUAAACAUUUUAAAGACUGAGCUAUAAUUGCUGACAAAGGAGAUUUUAACAUGUAUUGACUCAGGGGGUUGAAUACUUAUCUAAUCAAGAUAUAUUAGUUUUUAUUUUUCAUAAAUAUUUUACAAAUGUUAGAAUUUUUCUUCCACUUUGACAUUUAGAGUAUUCUAUGUCAAUAAAAAAAUAAAAUAAAAAAAUAAUCUAUUUUAAUCCCACUUUGUAACAACAAAAUCUGGAAAAAGUGGUGUGAAUACUUUCUGAAGGCACUGUAUUAAUUCAUUCUUGUUUUUCUCAAUUAAGACUUUCUUUAUUCAAAAGUAUCCACCAACACAUUUGAACUCUGGUUUAGGUUGUCAUACCUGUUGUGUUCUGUUCCCCACAGAGUUCUCUGGGCCAUGUUCACACUCAGUUCCUGCUGCUUCUAGAGUCUCUGGCCGAGUUUUGGGCGGUUCUAGAUGAGAUCGAUGAAAAGACCUGGGUUCUAGAGCCAGAGAAACCCAGCAGAGCCGACACCAUGAGGAGGAUCGCCAUCGGUAACACACACAGACAUGCUCACACUCAGGCAGAUACACAAACUCACUAAAUAGAGACCUCUAUAGGCCAUAAUUAAUCCUCAUGCACACUGAACUAAACAGACCUCUACUACUAUUACCUACAGUACCAGUCAAAAGUUUGGACACACCUACUCAUUCAAGGGUUUUUCUUUAUUUGUACUAUUUUCUACAUUGUAGAAUAAUAGUGAAGAUAUCAAAACUAUCAAAUAACACAUAUGGAAUCAUGUAGUCUGGAUAAGAGCGUCUGCUAAAUGACUUAAAUGUACAUGUAGUAACCAAAAAAGUGUUAAACAAAUCAAAAUGUAUUUUAUAUUUGAGAUUCUUCAAAUAGCCACCCUUUGCCUUGAUGACAGCUUUGCACACUCUUGGCAUUCUCUCUACCAGCUUCACCUGGAAUGCUUUUCCAACAGUCUUGAAGGAGGUCCCACAUAUGCUGAGCACUUUUUGGCUGCUUUUCCUUCACUCUGCCGUCCGACUCAUCCCAAACCAUCUCAAUUGGGUUGAGGUCGGGGGAUUGUGGAGGCCAGGUCAUCUGAUGCAGCACUCCAUUACUCUCCUUCUUGGUAAAAUAGCCCUUACACAGCCUGGAGGUGUGUUGGGUCAUUGUCCUGUUGAAAAACAAAUGAUAGUCCCACUAAGCCCAAACCAAAUGGGAUGGCGUAUCGCUGCAGAAUGCUGUUGUAGCCAUGCUGGUUAAGUGUGCCUUUAAUUCUAAAUAAAUCACAGACAGUGUCACCAGCAAAGCACCCCCACACCAUAACACCUCCUCCUCCAUGCUUUACGGUGGGAACUAUACAUGCGGAGAUCAUCCGUUCAAAAAUCUCCCAUUUGGACUCCAGACCAAAGGACAAAUUUCCACCGAUCUAAUGUCCAUUGCUCGUGUUUCUUGGCCCAUGCAGGUCUAUUCUUCUUAUUGGUGUCCUUUAGUAGUGGUUUCUUUGCAACAAUUUGACCAUGAAGGCCUGAUUCACACAGUCCCCUCUGAACAGUUGAUGUUGAGCUGUGUCUGUGACUUGAACUCUGUGAAGCAUUUAUUUGGGCUGCAAUUUCUGAGGCUAGUAACUCUAAUGAACUUACCUCUGCAGCAGAGGAAACUCUGGGUUUCCAUUCCUGUGGCGAUCCUCAUGAGUGCCAGUUUCAUCAUAGCGCUUGAUGGUUUUUGCGACUGGACUUGUAGAAACUUUCGAAGUUCUUGAAAUGUUCCGUAUUAACUGACCUUCAUGUCUUAAAGUAAUGCCAUAAUAUGGACUUGGUCUUUUACCAAAUAUAGCUAUCUUCUGUAUACCCCCCCUACCUUGUCACAGCACAACUGAUUGGCUCAAAUGCAUUAAGAAGGAAAGAAAUUCCACAAAUUAACUUUUAAGAAGGCACACCUGUUAAUUGAAAUGCAUUCCAGGUGACUACCUCAUGAAGCUGGUUGAGAGAAUGCCAAGAGUGUGCAAAGCUGUCAUCAAGGCAAAGGUUGCCUAUAUAUUUUGAUUUUUGGUUACUAAAUGAUUCCAUAUAUGUUAUUUCAUAGUUUUGAUGUCUUCACUAUUAUUCUACAAUGUAGAAAAUAGUAAAAAUAAGGAAAAACCCUUGAAUGAGUAGGUGUGCCCAAACUUUUGACUGGUACUGUAUAAACAUUCACUUCUAUCAUUGUUUCCUCUGUGUUGUGGUCAUCUAUUCCUUGUCCCCAAACACUGAUUGACUAUGUCUCUAGCAAAUAACGUGUCCAUAAAAGUGGAAGUUGACACGCGACACCCAAAGAUGUUGCCAGAGUGCUGCCUGCUCGGAGCAGAGCAUGGUAGGUAAAAUACUAUACUUAUGGUGUGUUCAUAAAAAAUAAAUAAUGGAUAAUAAAUAUGAAAUGUGUACCCUGGAUUAAAUGAUGGCACACUUGCCGUGUAGAAUUGUUCUUUUUUAUGCAUCCUCCUUUCAGUCUAUUAACUGAUCAGACUCAAUUUGAUAACGCAGUAUUGAGGAAACCUGGUUUCCACCUUCCCUUAUUCUAUCAUAUCUGUGAUCACAGACAAAGGAAAUAUGUAUUAUUUUUUGGGGCGCAUUCUGGGGAAUGUUGACUACCCAACAUAAAGUUUUUACAACAUAAUCAGGCUUUUGAUUUGGUACAAGUAGGAGCGGACCAACCAAGGUCGAGUUUGUUCUAUUUAAGUCCCAACAAUUGUUGCCAAUUGUUUCUUUAAAUCCAAGGUCAUGCUUGGUCAACAGUGCCACACAGAACUCAUUGUCGGUUGCCUAGCAAUGCUAUUAAACACACACACUCCUGUCGCCAAGACUGAGGCAGGCAGCGACCCUCAAAUAGAUGGGGUCACGCAGAAAUAUUGCUUUUUGCAUUUAAGAAUAACAAACAACAGAAUGCAAUGAUGGCUGUACACAAAGACGAGGCUCAUGGGGUGGAACGGACAAGAGCAGAGCGUUUAUGUCGAAGUUAUUGGAAUAUUUCCUCUUUGCCUGACUCUGUCAUCAAAUAUGAAGAGCUGUUUGUAAGAGCCUGUGUGCUGCAUCCAGGAAAACAAUUGACAUCACCCCCAAUUAGAUUUGGGGUGAUGUUUUCUGAAAUGCACCAAACAUAUAUUACACAACACUUGCAGGGGGAUUUAUCUCUAAACCUCUCUUUUUACAAUGUCCAUUUUGAAUUCACUACUUAAUUGUGUUGGUUAUUUUCCCCUGCAGCGGUAACACCUUUGAGGAACAAACUGAAUGCCAACAUGCAUUUAUGGUAAGUUAGGUAGUCAGUUAGGAUAAACAGUCUAUUUAUCGGUAUAUGUUCCAUAUAAUGUGAUUUCCUGAUAUACAGUAUAUUGUGUUUGUAACAUUCUAAAUGAACAGUAUUUUAUGCCAUUUCAAUGUGAUAGCCUCGGUCGUCAACAUUUCCUAGCAGGGAGAGAAAUAACGGACAUAUUGGUCAUAAUUGUAAACUCCUCUUCCCUCCGUCUCUCCCUCAUUUGCAUGUGUUUAAUUAGUGUGUGAAGGAGCUGUUUUGUGUCUUUCAGGAACCUGGACUGCAGCAUCUUGCAGAACCUCCGGGAUGUUUUGGAGAUAGAAUUCCCAUCACCUGCCACCCACGAAAAAUCUGUAUGUUGCAUUUCCCUGUUUCAAACACCAAGCCCUCACAAUUACCUCUGCCGAGCAAUCGUGUGUGUGAGGGUGUAGAUAUAUCUUUUUAUUUCUGUUAUUCUUUCUUAUGUUUGCUGGAGGUGGGUAUGCAGCCCCUUUAAUUGGGUUGUUUACAGAUAAGAUCAUUAGAAUAACAAAGAUGGCAGAAUCCUCGGCACUAUCGAGAUCGCUUUAAUCACACCCCAUUUAUCUUUUUUUUUGCCGCCGGAUGGGUUGAAAGGGCGCCGUGUUUAUCCACUGUCGCCACGGUGAUUAAUGCCUCAGCAUCAUUAACAUUCCGAAGAGCAAAGUUUACUUUACCAGAUGUUGAAAUUGUACCUGCCAUCCUCUUUUUAAUGGAUCGCUUGGAGAGGAAAAGGGCUUCUCGUUACAUGAAAAGCAAUAUGCAAACAGAGAGGAAGGGGGACACUGGUAGAAAGAGAGGGAGGUGUAGCGGGAUAGAGGAGAGGUACUAUUAAUUUUUUGUCUUGUAGAGUUUCAGUGUGGAGUGUGGGAUCUGUUACGCCUACCGUCUGGAGUCGGCCAUUCCUGAUCAGGUGUGCAACGACCCUCGCUGCGGACAACCCUUCCACCAGGCCUGUCUGUACGAGGUAAGGGACACGCACACAACUAUCCUACCAAAUCAGUAGGCAUGUCUGUUUUACAAAAGAACACUACACACAAUAUCCACGAUGAGACAUGCAUGAAUUUAAAAUAAUUUGUAAUAAAUUCAUACAAAAAUAGGAUGCGAAAGUAAAAAAGCAUCAAAAAUUCGAUUAGGGUGUUUGGAUUCUUUGCAUUUCUCAAAUCUUGCCACUACAGGCACAAGAAUCGGUCCAUUUCAAUGUAGUGUUUAGUUUUACUAGUUCUUGUUCGGUCUCUCCAGUGGUUGCGUGGACUACCUUCCAGUCGCCAGAGCUUCAACAUAGUGUUUGGAGAGUGUCCCUACUGCAGCAAGGUAUUUCAAGCCGCCAUAUAGCAUUAUUAAUACUCACUACAGUCCAUGUCCUUUGUAAGGUCAUAUAGUCUUCAUAGAAUGCGUCAUUCAUAAAGUUAAAAAAGGUAAUAUAGAGCCCUGUUCAUGCACAAUGAGUACAUUGAAUACAGCAGGUCAAAUUUAUUAGAGUGGAGGUACCAUGUCCUUGGUUGGUAUAGUAUUAUACAACAGUCACGCAUAUAAUCCACACACUGUAAGCCUAUAGAAAAUCCCCAAAGGUUCAGUUGCAAAUCACAAUUAAGUCACAAUCAAGUUUUGUUAGUUUUUGGUAAUUGAUACAGCGAGCCUGUUUUGACAUUUGCAAAUAACAAUAUAGUCCAUGUUAAAAGUGACACUUGUUUUGUUGUUUACAGCCCAUCACAGUGAAGAUGUCCACCCAGAAACCCUGAGAGCUGACUGGAGCCUGGGCAUAGAGCUCUAUGGUUUAACAUGAGCCUCAGCAAAUCCACUCACAUCUCAUGUACAAUACAUCUAAUGUGUUGCGUGUCACUCAUGUCAUGACACUAGAGCGAACUGUAGUAAGAGUUGGGGAUGAUACAAACCUAAAAUAGGAAACAAAAAACAGCUCAAAGAGAGUAGCAGGGAAACAGAGCACCAAGUCAUCAUUCAGGACCGUCAGUCAGAGUGAAUAGAAAGGCCAGGGACAGGAAUAAGAUGACCACUAAGGCACUGCAGUACAGUGUGACAUCACAGCCACUCUUCUGUUUGGGAGAAGGCUCUGCUCUCUGGUUGUGGUCUUUGUAGCCAUAUUCCUCCCACUCACCACGGUCAUAUAUGAGGUUGGGAUUUUCCCAGUGGUCAGAUUCUGGGGGAUCGUGCUUCUGACUCUUACCCCCACACUGGUGAUCAUGGUCGUGGUUGAAGUUCUCCGAACCAUCCUCUUUGUACAGAUGUUUUUCCCAGUGUGUCUGACUGUUGUCCUCCCAAUGGUCAUUAUGUGUUUGACCCAAUUUGCUUUUUGUAGGGGUUGUACUUUCUCUGGGGUAGGACCGUCUAUGGUUGACUUGUGGUCUUGAGGUCACAGCAACUAUUUUCCUGACGCGAUGUUUGGUUUGUGUUGAUGUUUUCUGUUAGGGGAUAAUUCACACAUUUGCUCGGGUUUCUGCCAUUGACCUGAACUCUUGUAACAGCCAUUAGAUGUUUUUAUAAUGUGAAAAUAAUUUUCUAAAAAGGGCAAUAAAAAAUAUUCUGUUGCGAUAUUUAUUUAGGGUUUGAACUUGACCUUGCUUAGAUAAAACAUAUUAAUUAUCACUUGGGCGUCAAAGUAAAGUUGCUGGUCAUUUUGUCCAUUCUUGUAAAACCAGUUUAACAGCAUUAUAGUAACAUGCUGUGAAUCCUGUCAAUAUUACACUACAAGCAGGAUUUAGUGCCUUGGCCUAACCACCUGUUCUGGCUGGGGCUUGGAAAUGGGUGGUCCUCUGAUGUAUUGAGAUGGCACAGGUCUGGGUCUCUCCAUCUCUUCUUCUUCUUCGUUCUCCUCAUCCUCCUCAUAUACAGGCUUUGGUUUGGAGGAGCCUCUAGCUCGGCCUGCUUUCUGUGGGGAAAGGACACAGGAAGACCGGGUUGAGACAUUUCACGUGAAGCUAGCAUGCACUAGUUUAUGACAAUAACAUACUCCUCAUCAAUCUGGACAUUUCACUAACACCUUACCCCCUGUUCUGACUGGGGCAUGGAUGUGGGUGGUCCCCUAAUGUAGCGAGAUGGUACAGGUUUGGGUCUCCCCUCUUUAUCAAUCUCCAUCUUUUCUUCGUCACUGUCAUCCUCCACAUAUACAGGCUUUGGUUUAGAGGACCCUCUAGUUGCAGGUUUAGCCCUGCCCGCUUUCUGUGGGGAAAGGAUACAGGAGGAAGUAUUUCAUGUGACGCUAACGAACAACUGUAUGAAAACACUUUUCCUCCUGUUGUCAACACUUUAGAAUAAAGGGCAUUUCCCCAUGUGUGUCAACAACUGUACAUUCUAAUACAUUUAUUUUGGGUCAUAUUGUACUAAAACCAGUUGCAACCAGUUUAGUAGUAAAGUUUAGUGAAUCCCGUUUAUAGCCAAUACCUUUACCCCCUGUUCAGACUGGAGCUUGGAUAUAGGUGGUCCUCUGUAGCGAGACGGCACAGGUUUGGGCCUCUCUUCAUCCAACUCCAUCUUCUCAUCCUCUUCUUUCUCACUCUCCUCAUCCUCCACAACUACAGGCUUUGGUUUGGAGGAGCCUCUCGCUCGGCCUGCUUUCUGUGGGGAAAGGACACAGGAUGACAGGGUGAGGGACUUAGUAAGAGGCUGUUUCUGGUAGUAGAAACUUGCUUGAGUCUCCAUUGAAGAUGCUUUUAGACCAGGAGUAGGCUGAAUCUGGGCCGGAGAAGGCUACCUACUGUGUUGAAGACUAAGCAUUGCUCACUGAAUUAUUAAUUUCAGUCUUUAAAUGAUGAUUCCGGAGUCCGUACGGGAGUUGCAGCGAUGGGACAAGACUGUAACUACCAAUUGGAUAUCACGAAAUUGAGGAGAGAAAGUGGGGGAAAAUAAAUAAAUGAUGAUACCGAGGAGUAGGACAGACACCGAAAGCAGCCUUUCCAUAGACCGUCAUUUAAUCUCUUUCCAAACCUCCAAAAAUGGACUUCUGUUUGACUACAGCCCAGCAGUUCAGCAUGGAGAUAAGAGAGGAGAGAGAAAGAGAGGGAGAAAAAGAGUAUAAUUAUGGCUGCUGA